AAUCAAGUAGUGUUAGUAAGACUGCGUCAAAUAGUCGUAAUGUUUGUAAAAUUCAGCCCAUAAGAGGGAACCUCUAGUGCAGAAAUAUUUUUCAUUAAAUAUCCCCGGAAAGACAUAUUAUCGCAAACCUCAGUCUGGACACAUCUCCAGUAAUUAAUCGUUGGUUUGACAUAACGCCUUCGAUUUAACAGGGACAUACUCUGGACAAACCAGGUUGUUACCUGCAUCUGUCGAUAUAAUCUGCAGUGUGUAGGCUACAUUAAGAAUCUGACAGAAGACACUAUGACAGACAGUGAAACCAGUGCAAUCAAGGACAGUCUGACCGUGUCACCAGCGGAGCCGGACGAGACGAAAGAUACGGAGAAAAACUUCAACCAGGUUAAGAAGGAGAAUGGGGAUAGUAAAGGAACAAGCUCUGCGAAAGACCCUGGUGCAGCCGAGAAAGAGUUCGUACACCCAGAAGGCGGCUGGGGUUGGGUUGUCAUGUUAGCGUCCAUGUGGUGCAAUGGAUCAGUAUUCGGGAUCCAGAACGCCUUUGGCAUCAUGUUCGUUGCCCUUUUGAAGGAGUUCGGUUCCGAACACGACGAAGACUUGAAGUUCAGAACAGCCUGGGUGGGCUCCCUCUCCAUGGGGAUGAUUUUCUUCUGUUCACCCAUCGUGAGUGUCUUCACAGACCUGCUUGGCUGCCGGAUCACAGCUGUGGGAGGGGCCGCUGUGGGACUUGUGGGGUUACUGGCCAGCUCCUUUGUGACGUCUCUGGAGCUCAUGUACUUCACCUAUGGCAUUGUGUUCGCCUGCGGCUGUUCCUUCGCCUACCAGCCCAGCCUGGUGAUUCUGGGACACUACUUCAAGAAACGUCUGGGUUUGGUAAAUGGCAUCGUGACAGCUGGCAGCAGCGUGUUCACGGUCACUCUGCCGUUUAUGCUUUCGGGCCUCUUGGAGAAGGUGGGGCGUCAAAACACCAUGCGUGUCCUCUGCAUUUUCAUGUUUAUCCUUUUGCUGGCCGGCUUCACAUACAAGCCCCUGAUGCCCAAAUCAGCCAGCAGCAGCAGCAAGUCUGGAGGCCAAUGCGUGGCCUUGAAGAGGGUUUUCAACGUUAACAUCUGGAAGUCCCUGGGCUACCGGAUCUGGGCUUUCGGCAUCCCAGCUGCUCUUUACGGAUACUUUGUGCCUUAUGUCCACCUGAUGAAACAUGUGGAAGAGCGGUUUGGAGUAGAUGCCAACAAAGAGGUGCUCCUAAUGUGUAUUGGCAUCACAUCUGGAGUUGGGCGUCUGAUUUUCGGCAGAGUAGCAGACUAUGUUCCUGGAGUCAAUAAAGUUUUCUUGCAGGUGUCAUCUUUCCUGGUCAUCGGUCUGAUGUCAAUGAUGAUUCCUCUGUGCAAUAUCUUUGGUGGUCUGGUGGCUGUGUGUCUCCUCAUGGGUCUGUUUGAUGGCUGCUUCAUCUGCAUCAUGGCGCCUAUUGCUUUUGAACUGGUGGGGUCUCAGAACGUGUCUCAGGCCAUUGGUUUCCUGCUUGGCAUGAUGUCUGUGCCAAUGACUGUAGGGCCCCCAAUUGCAGGCUUUCUAAGGGAUAGGCUUGGCAGCUACGAUGUGGCAUUCUACCUAGCGGGCAUUCCUCCAAUGAUCGGAGGGGCAGUUCUGUGCCUCAUUCCCUGGGUUGAAGCCCGGCGCAAAAGGAUAGAGAUGGAGGCUGCCAAAGACACCACCGAGAAGAUGCUGGAACAUAAGGGAAGCAAUGAAGGGCCAGCAGAAAGUGCCUCACAUCCUGAGUCUGUUAUUUGAUUAUUACAAUCAUAUUUAUGAAAUACACACACAAACACACACUAACACAUACACGCAGGCAUGCAACAUGACAAACACAUGCAAGCGGGCAUUGAAGUAUUUUGAAGAAAUAGCCUUUUUUUUUAAUCAAGUAUGCGUGGGAAUAUAUGUUCAGAUGAACAUCUGAACAAUGUUUUUAAAGCUUUUGUAAGUAAAUAAGGAAAGUGUUAUGUCUGUGAAAUUCAUAGAUAUAUUGAAUACACAGGUAUAUGAAUGUGAUAUUUAAGAGCUAUGCAUUGUCAUGCUGUUGUCCAUACAAUACCCUUGAGUUAAAUGGAGAUAAGGAAAACUUGAAUAUGAGGAAAAAGCAUUUUUAAUAAGGGAAAAUGAAUGUUUUAAUAGGGUGUUUUCAUGAGGCCACAAGCACAUACUUUUGGGAGAAUCUAUGUUAAUGGCUGAAGGGCACCAUCUUUAGAACAGUAUAAUUGUAAAAAAAAAUUACAAAAAUAGAGCACACAUUAUUCCCAGCCUGAGGAAUGUGUUUCUGAAUUUCAGCCUUUAAUUGCGAUUUGAGUGUUCUUUUUAUGUUUAGUAUUACUAACUUUUAAUUAACUGCAGUUAUAUGAAUAUGUCCUUAGUCCCCAAAAUGACAACACACAUGUAGGACAAACGGAUCAUGCAAUAACACAGGAUUUCAAUCUGAUAUGCAGUACCGUUGUUUUAUGAGCAGCCUUGAUUUUUGUAGACAAAAAUGUAUUAUUAUAAUUUUUGAGGGUGUGAAUAAGUCCACGGCGCAUGUUGUAACCCCCACAAGCAAUAUCUAAAUAUCCCAAAUUUGUAGGUGCCCAAAUAUGUAAACAAGUCUUGAGAGUAAAGUGAUAACUCAUCAGGAUCACAUUACUAUUUGUAUUUAUAAAUGUCUACCUGGUGACAUGUUUGUUCAGGGUUGUUUACAGUAGCAAUAAUGUGGUAUUUAUGAGGGUGUUUAAAGCUCUUACAAAAGGAAGUCUUAAAAAGCAUAAUCUGGGGACAGCUCUAAGCACAAUUCUACAGAAACAAGGGAGACUUCCCAUAUAACAUGAAAUAGUAUAGUUUUGUUGUUUUCUGCUGUGAGACUUGAGAGAUUUGUCAUCCUGUUGCUUUCCACAGUGCCUGGGAAUAUCUUGUGUUUUGAGCCAAAGCUGUACACAACAUUGUGAAUAGUACAGUAUGUUUCCCCUGUGCAACAUUAACAUUAAUUUGUUGAGAGUUAUGGGUAGAACGAAAUUAUUGAAAUACGUUACAUGAAUUUCAAUAUGGAGAUGUUUUCAGGGGCCAGACCAGGUCACUACUUAAGUGACCAUUUAAAAACUGAUGUGGUCAUUCAUCAUUUGCUGAAUCAGCAGUUCGUGGGUUAGAGGCUUAGGGGGCUUUUGGUGAGUUGGACGUUUCUUUUUGAAAUGACAGUUCACAAAGCCUUUAACUUUGAAGCAAGAGCAAUUGAAAAAAAAAAAAAUCAUUUUAGCAUGUCACUUCUUAGUAAUCAUUUAAAUAACCCAUUUAGUCGUCACAUCCUAGAUAUUCUUUUCCAUAUUUUGGAAUAUUUAUUUAUCUCUAUAUCUAUCUAAUGUUUACCUAAUACUCAUGUGUCUUGGAUUAAGGACUUAGCUGGACACUUGAUGUUUUCUGCAGAUGAUGAUUUAGGUACACGAUUCACAAAAUUCUACCGCUUUCUUUAGGUGAUAAAAUGCAUUUAAAGAUUCAUUUAUUUGAUAUUGCUCAACAGGUGUAUUGUGUUUAUUAAGCAUGGUUUAUCAUUAAAUCUACCUCAAUUGACAUAAUUGAUGGGACAAUGACUAAGCAACAGAGAAGCUCUGUUGUGUCACAUAUAUUCAUUGCACUCUCAAUCUCAGCCACACAGGAUGUUUGCAGCACCUUCGCUUUAUUUCCCAAUAGAUUUUGAAUUUAAAAAGUCAGUACCUUUAGGAGAUUUAGAACGAUAUUUUUAAAGUAUUAUUUCUCAUUUGAAAAAACCAAAAAAACAUAUAUAGUCUUGUGAAAUGCCAUCCAGAAACCAAAAUACCAGUUAAAACAUUUGAAUAAGAGGUGGACUAAAGAUUAUUUAUCUCUACAGAGAUAAAUACAUGCAAAUGACAAAAUUAUUUUGUUUAUGCAAGUAUGUUGUUUAUGCAAAUAUAUUUAGUUUAUAAUUUUUCCUUUUAAAAAAUGGAAACAGUGUAGUCAGUCUAUUUUUAAAAUAAAUACAAACCCCUCUAGAGUGGGAUAAUAGUCCUUAGCAUUGAAGUUUCAGUUUGUGUGUUUUGCUCAUUCGUUUCAAAUUGAGUUCUCAAAACACUGCAUUUAUAGAAGUUUAUUUUUUGUGAUUCUGUGGAAUGCUACAGCUCGCUCUAUCUAUUCUUUUAAAUUGUGCUAUGUAGUAGUUAUAGAAACUUUAUAAAAACCAAUGCAAGAAUUAUCUCUUUCACUAAGUGCCAAAAAAAGUCCAUGCUUCCAUCUGUUUGUGCUGAUAUUGUAUUAAAGAGCUUCACUUUGGA